AUGCACGUGACAGUGACAUGCGACUUGACCGGCGCCAGUGUGUUCCCUGUGGAAGUGGACGGCAGCAUGGAGAUGGAGAAUUUCCUCGUAGUUUGUCAGCUUGAGAUUCCCGCCUUAAAAGAUAUCCCAAUGUCACAGCUUAAUAUUACACACAACGGACGUGUUACGGUUAUGAAUGCGGAAAAUCUCAAGAAAACUAUAAAUGUUAGUUCUGUUCGUUCAGUUUCCGUAACGAAUUUGAAUCUGGGAACUUGA